AUGGCUACCCCUAGUGCCCUCGCUUUUGACGCUGAGGGUCGGGCCAUUGACUUUGACGUCUGGGUAGAUGACCUGCAGCUUUUCCUACAGUGCGAUAGGGCAGACUGCCUCUCCCUCUUUGACCUCACUUCUGGUGCCUCUCCUGCCCCCGCUGCUGAUGCUGACGCCAAUGUUCGCUCACAGUGGGCCACGCACGAUGCUGUUGCACGUCUUGCUGUGCGUCGCCACCUGCCUACCUCUGAGCGUGCGCACUUUAGCCACCUCUACUACAUAGUCACCCGUCUCCCUGACUCCCUUCGCGUAGUCAGGGACCACUUCCUCUCAGUUUGCCCCACCACUCUCACCGUUGACCUCCUCGAGAAGGCCCUCCUAGGAGCAGAAAAGAGCAUAGUAGCUGUAAGAGCCUCUCGUGGUGACCCUCGCACCCCCAUCUUUGAGGGGUGUUCCCCCUCCCCUCUUUUGCCCUCUGUUGCCUCUGCUGCUGCGGCCGACCUCGUUGGUCUGGAGUCGGUCGGUGCGGCGUCUACCCCUAGUGGGAAGCGUCGCUCUGGCAAGGGCAAGGGGGGCAGGGGCGCUGGAGGAGCUAGCGGUGGCGGUGGAGGCAGCGGUGGAGGCAGUGGAGGGGGUGGGGGUGGUGGUGGGAGUGGUGGCGGGGGUGGAGGUGUCGGCGGCGGCAGUGGAUGUCAAACAUUAUAUAUGUUGUUGUAG